AUGCGAUGCGCGAGCAAGGCCGCCGAGAGCGCGUCCGCACGUCUCUGUGCGGACGCCGAAGCAGAAACCACAGCAACUGAUGUCUCAUCGGUUGCUGAAGUGACUCAGCCUGUGUCACCUGGUGAUGCAGGCGCUCGUCAUGAAGACACUCAUGUCUUCACAGAGUAUGAGCUCGGUGUCUCAUACUCUCCUGAUACGGAAGACGGAUCCGUAUCGACGGCGAUCGAAUCCAAGCCGCCUGCCAAGCGUGGCAUGGAUGACGCUUUGCGUCGUAGCAUCUUUGGUUCAUCUGAUGAAUCAGAUGAACCAUCGCCAAAGCGAAGGCGCUCGAGGUCGCGAGACUCGGGCGCUCACAGUGGUGUCGGUUCUCUUAUUGACACCACUUCGCAGCGAGGUACCAGUCCUUCUGUCGGCACGUCGCAAGAAGAGCGGGACCGCAGUGUGUUGCGUCUCGCUCCCGAGAAGAAGGCAUGGAUGCCUCCAAAAUCCGUCAUGGAUCACCUGUCGGCGACGACGAGUGAUCGUUAUCGAACACGGUUGUUCGAUUCGUCAAGGAUCCAUCACCUUGACCCCAGUGCGAAAAACUAUCGCGCUGAGAAUGAAUUCUUCAUCGAUGCUUUCUUUCGACAUCGAUGGUACAGUGGGAAUCACAAACGUGAUGGUCCCUCACUGCUUCAAGCGUGGAACGCCUACAUCUAUAACCUUGAGGAUGUAGGUCGUGACGUUUGGAACGACAAACUUAUCAAAGCUCGUGAUAAGUUUGAAAAGCGAACCCCGACAAGUACACGCUACAAGCUGCAUCGUCUGUCUAGGGAGAAAGGAUUACCCUGCCUCUCUUGGGGAGACUCGUGCCCGUGUUCUGUGAACAACUCUGCAAGAGCACCUAAGGAGGCUUACCUCCUUACUAGCCCGUGGUGGCGCGUUCGUAUCUCUAGUGAGAUGUACGAAGGGAUUGACAACCUGAAAUACAUUUACGACCGUGCCGGGAAGACUUUCUCCGGCGGUCCUUCUGCGGCACAGGAUGUGCCGCGUCGUACUGCUUAA